UUCUUCCCCUUCACCUUCAAUAGAUUCUACCAUAAAUAUUAACAAGUUGAGGAGAAAAAUAGCUCCAUUUCUUGAUCAAAUUAGGGUUCCAAAGCCGGCUGGUGCCCCUCUUGAAGUGAACAUUCCUAAGAGAUGACCAAGAAGGAUUUCGUCGUUGAUCUAAACAAACCUCUAGUUUUUCAGAUCGGCCAUCUUGGAGAAGCUUACGACAAAUGGGUUCAUCAGCCUAUUGUGACAAAAGAAGGACCUCGGUUCUUUGAGAACCAAGUCUUGGAGUUAUUAACUCUUACUGUAUGGUGGGUGAUUCCAUUAAUUUGGCUACCGGUCGCAUUCUGGUUCAUCUCCAAAUCGGUUAGUUUCGGCAUCACGUUUUCCAACCUCGCUGCCUCGAUCGCAUGUGGAAUCCUGAUAUGGACGCUGCUAGAAUAUAGCCUACACCGUUUUCUCUUCCACAUCAAAACAACCAGCUAUUGGGGGAAUACUAUUCAUUAUCUUAUCCACGGUUGUCAUCAUAAGCAUCCUAUGGACAGUCUUCGCCUUGUCUUCCCGCCUGCUGCUACUCCCAUUCUAUUGAUUCCGAUAUGGAGCCUAAUUAAGCUUCUUGCACCUGCAACCGCGGCUCAUGCGGUUCUUGGUGGCGGCUUGCUCGGUUAUGUGACGUAUGAUUGUACUCAUUAUUUCUUGCACCAUGGCAAGCCUGGGAAAGGACUUCAAUCUGAGCUUAAGAGAUACCAUAUGCAUCAUCACUUCAGAAUCCAAGAUAUGGGAUUUGGGAUCACUAAUUCAUUAUGGGAUAGAGUGUUUGGAACUUAUCCUCCAGGUUAUGGCCAGAAGAAGACCACAUGAUUCAUUAGAGAAUCUUAAAAAAAACAAAAAUAUAUAUCUGUUGGAAUUUUGAAUCACCUAUAUUACUGUUUUUUUUUUUAAUUUGUAGUAGUUUGGGUAAUUUCAAGAUAUUUUUUUUAUCUGUUAUUGGCAAUUGCAGUUAUAGUGAAAUUUUACCCACAUGUAUUUAAGGGUUCAAAAUGACAGCAAUGUAUUAUUAUAAUUCCAUCUUCAAUAAUU